AUGUCCCACAAGCCCAUUCGAACCUUGCUCAACGCCAACGAGGAGUGGGCACAGAGCGUAAUAAAGGAUACGCCUGAUUUUUUUGCUCGGUCAGCCACCGGCCAGAAGCCCAAGAUCCUUUGGAUUGGCUGCUCUGACUCGCGAGUACCGGAGUCAGUCAUCACAGCAUCUAAACCUGGCGAUAUCUUCGUGCACAGAAACGUUGCCAACCAAUUCCACCUCCAUGAUGACAGCGCGCUCUCAGUCCUCACAUUUGCUAUCAAAGAAAUUGGCGUCGAACACGUCGUUCUCGUCGGUCACACCAACUGUGGAGGUGCUAUGGCUUGCAUAGAAGCAGCCAAAGACAGAGCCGCUAACCCUGGCUUGUCCACCCCACUUACGCGCUGGCUGAGCCCCCUCACCGCACUCGUUCAAUCCCUCGACCUUUCUGCGUGCUCUGCGAGCGAGGCGCUGAACAAGGUUGUUGAAGCCAAUAUCAUCAAGCAAGUCGACAAUAUCUGCAAGUCGGAGCCUAUUAUCACUGCGUGGGCAGACCCGGAUGCGAAGAAAGUCACUGUACACGGAUGGAUGUACGACCUUGCUGUGGGACGCAUCACAAAGCUCGUCGUCCGGGACGCUCAAGCGUGA